GUUCUUCGGUACUGUUAUAUACGGUCGAAAAGAAGCAUUCAUCAUGUUGAGGAAUUUGACAUUUGCACUAUUUUUUUCAUUAAUCACAUUUUUAUCUGGUCAACUUUAUCCGUUUAUGCCGCCCAUGCAACCGAUACAGCCUGCAGUCGUUGGGCGAUAUGGCGGAAUUGACGGAGCUAUUGAUCCAUUCCAUGGAGCGUACGGUAGGUCACCGUAUUCACAGAAUCCGUACGGGAGUACUCCACCGUUUGGCAUUACACAGCCUGGACAAGGUUCUAUGUAUGGACCCAUUGAUCCGUUUUACGGUGCAUUCGGCAAAACAUCACAUUACAACGCUUUGUCAGGUACU